AUGUCAGAAUUAGUAUUAAAAGUUUUGGUGGUGAUAUUAGAAAUUUUAGUAGCAUUAGAAGUUUUAGCAGUAUUAGCAGCAGAUGUAUUACAAAGAAGGAAACUAGGUAGUCGUAUUUUCAUAUUGAAUAGACCAAAAGCUUUAAAUGCAUUAGAUCUUGGUAUGAUUAGAACUAUGACUCCUCAAUUACAAGCCUGGAAAGAAUCAGAUCUUUGUAAAGUUAUUAUUCUAAAAGCGGCGGGAGAUACCGCUUUUUGUGCUGGAGGAGAUGUUAAACGUGUAAUUUUAGAUGAAGAAAAUGGAAAACAUGAAGAAGCAGUUAAAUUUUUUGAAGAAGAAUAUCAACUUAAUCAUCUUAUUGCUACAAUAAAUAAACCAUUUGUUUCAAUUAUGAAUGGAAUUACCAUGGGAGGAGGAGUAGGUCUUUCAGUUCAUGGACCAUUUAGAAUUGCUACGGAAAAAACAUUAUUCGCUAUGCCUGAAGCAAAAAUAGGAUUUUUUCCUGAUGUUGGAAGUUCAUUUUUUUUACCAAGAUUGGAUGGUCAAAUUGGGACUUAUUUAGCAUUGACGGGUUUUCAAUUAAAGGCCACACAUUAUGUUCCAUCUAAUAGAUUGGAAUUCUUAGAAGAACGAUUAAGUGAAAUUGAAUGUGAUGAUAAUGAAGUAAUUAAUAUGGCAAUUGAAGAUUAUGUAUUUGAAAGUAAUAAAGAUCAUAUAUAUUCUCUUGCUGCUUUGGAGGGUGAAAAUACUGAUUGGGCAACAAAAACUAAAAAUAUUAUGUUAUCAUUGUCACCGACAAGUCUUAAAGUUACAUUAGACGCAUUAAGGAAAGGAAAAAAAAAGCUUAUAACAGAUUGUUUUAAACUGGAAUUUAUUCUUGCGCAAAAAUUUUUGGAAAAUUCUGAUUUCAAACGUGGUGUCAAAGCUCUGUUAAUUGAUAAACCUUCAACAAAACCUGAAUGGGAUCCAUCGACAUUAUCUAAUUUUACGGAAUUUUUUAACGAUACGAAAAUUGAAAAAAUUGAAAAAAUUGAAGGAGUUCAAAAACUUAAAUUAUUAACCAAUAUAUCAUAUGAAAAUUAUCCAUUUUCUAAAUUUAAUCUUCCUUCCGAAGAAGAGAUUCGUAAAGUUGUCACGGGUGAAACUCCUGAAGCUGGAUCUUUAAGUAUGACCAAAAAUGAUGUGCUGAAUUUUUUUAUUAAAGAUCGAAGAGGUAAAAUUGGAGUAAGAGAAAAAGUUAUAGAAGUAUUAAAUAGAAAAACUAAAGGUGAUGAAAGUAAUGAAUUAAAUUGGAUAGAUUAA